UUGACCUUUUUGCUGGAAAGGGAACCUGUAAUUUUCAAAUUAUCUAGCUGCGAUUGUCAUUGACCAUGUCUUCACACUCAGAUCUAGCUACUCAGAUUGUGAAAUUUGGAGCACAGACGAAUGGGAGAGACAAGCUAUUCAGAUUAUUACAGUAUGGAAGUAAACUAAUAUCCUGGUACCUACAAACAGACCAAGGAAAACUGGAAUUUUUGGAAAAACUGAAAAAAUUAGAAACAUCUAUGAGUAUGACAAGAAAAUUACUGAGAUUUGGGAAGAGUUUAGACUUUAUUCUGGCAGCUUUAAAGACAAUCCAUUUAUCAGAUCCAGUACUGAAAUUAACAAUUACAAUGUCAAAACUUGCACAAUCCGUGUUCCUCAUAUUUGAUCACAUCAUAUUUGCGCACAACUUAGGAAUCAUCAAAGCUGAUAAAGAAAAAUGGUCCAGAUAUUCAUCACAGUGCUGGUUAUUUAGCUUAAUCUUGAACUUACUCAGAAAUUCUUACGAUAUUUUGUCCAUUAUUUCCAAUGAGGCCAAAGCUCAAGAAAAUCGUCAGAGAAGGGGCCAGUAUGUAAAUGGUGGAAUUGAUCAGAGCGUCUCAUCACGAAAACCAAUGGGAAGAGUUCAGAUUUUAAAGAAGUGUUGCUAUGAAAACCAGCCUGUAGUGUUAGACUUUAUAAAAAAUAUGUCAGAUUUGGUGCUUCCGUUAAAUUCUUUAGGUAAAAUUAAAGUUUCUGGUGGUAUUCAGGGCUCCUUAGGUUUACUGUCAUCUGCUAUUGGUAUUGCCACAGUUUGGAGCCCCAUACUGAAAUUGGUGCCAUGAAGAUAUAAAAGAUUGCUGAUAUACUAUUCAAGAUUUCUGUGAUAUUUUUGUUUCAGAUGUCAAGUUUUAUUUGUUAAUGAUUGAAUAACUUUAGUUUAUAUUGUUCAUUACUGAUAUUCUCAACCUUAAAUUACAACAAAGUCGUAUGAGGUUUACGAAAUAGGUAAAUAUGGAAAUACAAAGAUGCCAAGAUCACCAAAACCAGAAAUUGGAUGUCUUAUAUGAUAGACAAGAAACCAACUCUGUAUAGUAAGAUUUAUAUUUUUUUUUUGUACAUGUUUUUGUAUGCUUUGAUAGACAGUAUUCACUGUAGAAAUAACAUUGAGCAAAUGGGGAUAUUUUGCCACAUAUUUUUUCUAAUUUUCAUGGUAUGGAUGACAAUCAUAAUAGUAAAGUUCUAUUUCAUUGGAUGGAAAUUUUUAUGAAAAUUAUGGUUCAUAAUAACCAUAAAAUAUCAAAUACCCAACAAAAUCAAAAACAUUCAUUUACACAUUAAUGUGAUGCGCUUUAAAAACUUUUAAAAAUAACAAUGUAGUAUUGUCUUCCUCAAACUACGAAAAGGAGUCAAUUAAUAUUUCAAAUGAACAUGCAUAGUGCACUCAUGAAAUUGUUUUUCAGAACAUAAAUGUUAAAGAAUGAGAGGACUCUAAAAUUUUAGAUGCUGUUAGCACUUUGUUCAUGUUGUUGACAAUCUUUCAGUGCUAGGUACUGGAAACUAGUUGGUGCAUAAUCCAUUUUAAAUUGCAGGAUACUAUUUUUAAUUUUAAAAAAUAGGAGAAGUGCAGUUUUAUGAUUUUGUUAUGAUGAUCCAUAUGGUUUAAAGUGAAAUCCACUACAUGUUAUAUUAUACAAGUCCUUGCCAAAUUGAGUUUUUCACCAGGUCUGAUUUUCUUUCAUCAAUUAUGUAAAGGUAAAAAACUUUUAAUUAAAGGCAAUUUUUGGUACUUUUCAGGCUAAAUGCUACGUCAUAUUUAUUUUCUUCUUUUGAAAACCAAAUUAUAACUCAAAAUUAAAAUUUAUAACAACAUUUGUACCUGAAAAAAAACAAGGGAAAAUAAAAAUUAUAAUCCCAAUCUUAUUUAUGCACUUGCCAAGUCAAAAAAUAAUAUCAUAAAAGAAUAUAAAUAAUGUAAGUGCAGAUUUUACUGACUCAGACCUGUUUUAUGUUUAAAAGGAAAUAUUUGGCAUGGCCUAAUAGUGAUUUAAAGAUGCACUAAUUGUAUUAUUUAAUUUAACUAAUCAACCAGCUUUUAGUAUCUAUUCAGUAAAUAUCUAUCAGAGCAAUAGGUUGUCUGUAGAUGAAACAUCAUUGUGUAGUUAGACAGAGGUUAAAAUAAAAUUCAUGUCAAGAAAUAAUUAGACCCAAUCAUAAACAAAAUAUUGCUUGUAUUGAUGACCAUAUCCUUUGUUGUCAUUGUAUAGUCUUAAGGGAACGACCAUUUAUCUUCAAGGGGGGUUAUGGUUUUUUCCUAAAAAAAUAUUCUGAUCCCCAAUUUGAUGAAAAAAAAUAUUGUGGUUAAGCAGAUAACAAAAAAAAAUAUUCUGAAUCCAGAUUUUCCCCAUACCUUAUUGUGUUAAAUUUUGAAAAAAAAUAACUUGAUUGAUAGUGUCGAAAAACUAAAAAAUAUAUUCGGGCUUUGUGAGAAAAAAAAUUUCUGACUCAGACAAAAAAAACAUAACCCCCCCCCCCCCCUUGAAGUUAAAUGGUUGCUCCCUUAGUAUUUAUAUUAUUUUUGGAUAGAAUUGUCAUAUUUUCAACCCUAACAAAGCAUAGAUUGUAUUAGAAAAAUCUGUAUGAUGUUGAUCCUUCUUUCAAAUUUUUGUUAAAUCAUUUUAAUUUAGUUUUGCGACAGAUACCAUUUACACUGUACAUGCAAAAACCUGUAUUAUUGCAGUAAAUACCUUACAGACAUGAUCAAAUUCUGUAGUUUACUAAAAUAACAGGGAAGAUCCAUUAUCUACUUCAUGCAUAUAUGAGGGUAGGAAUGCCCUUUACCGUCAGGCGUCAAACAGUCAUUUUCGGCUACUAUUAGAGUCAAAUUGAUUAAAAUUUUAUCGUGAUUCGUCUAAAUAUCCUUAUCCUGAUUCGUCAGAGGACUCAAAUAUCCGUUACCAUUAUUUUGGGAAAGAAUUUAACAUGAUUAGUCAAAAUCAGUUGAUUUUUUUAUCAUCAUAAAGAAAAUGUACAUUUAAUGGUCAUGCACCAAAAAUUACCGUUAACGUCAGUUGGCAAGAUUUUUUACCGUUAUUCGUCAUGAAUGUACCCCCAUUACGACCCUCAUAUAUGAUUUACAAUAAUAUGAACUUGCAAUUAGUCAACUAUAGAUACUAAGAUAGUCAAUAUUUUUGAAGAAAUAAUAUUUGAAUUCGUGAAAAAUGGUUUUGAAAUGAUUUUUACUACAUGUAUUACAUCAAAAGUCAACUUUAUUAUAAACAGUUUUUGAUCAUGUAAAAGCUAAAUUUCAUUUUAUGUUUUGAAGAUUUAAUUUUCAAAUGUGUUAAUGUGAAAUAAUGGUCUAUGGUUAUAUCACGAAACUUUAUUUUUAUUAUUAUUGACUCUAAUAACACAGGUACAGAGAUGUACAUGUAUGAGGGUCUGGAGGGGGUUUACAGAAUAGUAGAAACAAUUAAUGGGCCAAAAAAUAAAGAUGGGUAAAAAUGGGCAAAAAAAUAAAGAAGAAUAGAGAAAAUUGGGUAUUACAAUAUACUAAACAGAGAAGAGAAUAAUAAGGUGCCAAAAUAAACAGAAUAUAGAAUAAUAAGCAAAAAUAAUCAAGAAUACAGAAAUGAAGUCACACCCCUCACCCAUCCCCUCUCACCAUAUUCUACAAUAGCUCUUGAUGCUUUCUUAUUCAUUUCAGUCAAAAAAGUGCCAGGUAUUGAUCGUGUUAUGCUUCAUCAUUGUACCUACAACAAUGUAUACAUGUAUUAUCAGCAAAAAUAUUCAGGGUCAGAAAUAGAUUCAGUUCAAAUAUCAAAUCAAAUCAAAAUCUUUACUGUCAUUUGACUAAAAAAAAAUAAAUUUGUUCAAAUCAAACAAUAAACAAUGUUUUCAAAAAUAUACAUAAGUAGAUACAGACUUAACUAUUUUGAAAAUUCUCUAUCCUCAGGUUGGGGUAAAUAAAAUAUUCCUUAAAAAUUAUUCAUGCACCUAUUCAACUUUAACAUUUUCGUCUUAUUUUUGUAAUUAUAGAUAAUGCAGUUAUGUAUACCAUUUUCUUGAAUGUUACAAUGUGAAAUAUAAUUGUCAUUUGCAGAUUUAUGUAGAAAAGGUCCAUGUAUAUUGCAAGCUUGUCAGAAAAAGUUUUAAAAUUGAUUUUUCACAUUGAAAUAAUUUAUUGUCAUUUGCAGUAUUAUUUCACAUAAUCCAAUGUGCUUUGUAUAUUUUACAAAAUGUUCCAUAAAUUGAAACAUAAACCUAUAUUAUUUCAUUGAUUCAUAAUACUUUACAGCCAAACAUAUGAUUUAUCAGUGAAUUUAGCUUUAUAAACAAGAACAUAACUAAAUCACUUUCCUGCAAGCAGUCUAUAUACUUUUUAACUACUCGGAUUUCUUUAUAUGGUGUAAAUACGUCCUAGGCAAAAAAAGCGGGCUCAGUAGUUUUGUGCCCUUUAAGAAUAAUUUUGCUUGCAAUUUUGGAACUGAGUUAAGAAAAUCUUGUUUGUAAAAAGUUGCAGGUCAAGCAUGUUGUAAAAUUAUAGUUGUUGUACAUGUAGUAAUAAAACCUCCAUCCUUUAAAACUGAAAAUCAAUUGGGAGUUAAAGAUGACUUCUUAUUAAUACAUGCUAUAUAAUGUAUGCUAUAUAAUGUUUUUCAUGUACAAAAUUGAGUUGAAUAUAUAUAUUCAGAUUUAUGGUUAAUAAUUUAUGCCAUAUUCAUGCUUAUCCAUAAUUAUUUUAAUUUAUAUGAUUGUUUUUAAUUUUAUACAAAUGGCAGCAUAUUAAUAAUAAAAUGAAAGAAAAUUCCAA